AUGGCCGUCUCUCAUCUCGAUCGGGUGUGCCUUGUCACGGUUGGUGCGACAGCCGGAUUCAAGACUCUAAUUAACUCAGUUCUUUCAGCCAGCUUCUGGCAGUAUAUCACUUCCCAAGGGUUUACCGAGUUACACGUUCAGUGCGGACCGGACAACAUCUCAGCAAGGCAACAACUCGCUCUCCUCCAACAUCAAGUCCCAUCUGGCCUCACGAUUGACAUCUUUGAUGUAAAGAGAAAUCUUAUGAAGGAGGAAAUGAUUCUGUGCAAGGCCUUGGAAGGAAAGCGACAACUAGGGUUGGUGAUAUCUCACGCUGGUACUGGCACAAUACUAGAUGCCUGGAAAAUGGGAUUGCCGAUUGUUGUGGUGCCAAACACACAACUCCUGGACGAUCACCAAACUGAGAUGGCCAAACAUCUCUCCAAGGAGGGCUAUGCUAUCAUGAGCUCUGGGAGCACUGAGGACCUUAGGGAAGCUAUCCAUAAGGUGGGACUCCUAUGGGAAGAGAACAAGACUCGAUGGCCUCCUCACAAAAUCCCCUCGCAAGAAGAGCCUGACAGACUUCGCUUGUGGGAUCUUGCCCCUGCGGAAGUCGUAAAAGAGGAGAAUGUAACGAUGGCGCACGAUUAG